UUAAGACAGUGUUUGGUUGCAAAGAAUUGGUUUCUGUUCUGAAUCACGCAGAGUUGAAAUUCCACUACGUCUGUUGUGGGAAUUUUUCUCUGAAUCUAGGGGUUAUGAAAUUUUGUUUCAAUUUAAGUUCCAAAUCUACUGAUAUAUGAAGCAAGCAAACGAGUAGAUUUGGAAUUAGGGCCACCAGUUCCGUGUAGCCCAAAGUGGUUUCUUCAAUUUGUACCAACUAUUAUUGCCUAGUAACUAAUGCAGGAUUCUUUAUCAAUCAGAGCCUAUGGGUAGUUUUGUUUGAGCUGAUUUUCAUCUUUUCUUUAGGUGGGGACGGGUUAAUUUGAAAUUUUGAGUGGCUAAAAGAGUGGCACCGUUGAAAUUAGGAUCUUUGAAUUUUAGAUGCAUAGGAUUUAGAUCCAAGGUGGUUGUGCUUCAUUUGAAAUGCUUUAACAUUUUUUGGUUAGUUGAUGGUGUAGUGACUCGGCCGACAAGCCUAAUAUGCCUUGUGUAUUAUUGGAAGUGAAUGCUUGAAGGUACUUGUUAUAGAUGACAAUAAAAGGUGAAACGUAUUGGAUCAAUCAGAUGAGUACUUCCUAGAAAUAAUUGGAGAGAGAUGAGUGGAUGCUGUUGUUUUGACAGGUUUGGAAGAAUCUGGGGUAAGAGUAAGGGUGGUUAAUUUUAUACAGGGCGGGCGAGAAAUGGUAUUUUUGUUGGAAUCUGUGCAGGAAGAGGACUUGGGUAGAAAGUGCGAUUUACCUCAAGUGUGGCAUCGGUUUGAGGAACAGUUACAUCAUUUAUUGGAAAAGCGUAAAUUAUAGAUAUGCCUGUGCAUUGAAUUGCUUUUACCAGUCAUAUUAGAUUUUUCUAAAUUGUGGGAACUCACAGUUGGAAGGUACUUGACUAACAAAGUCGUGGCUGGGAGGGUAGCAGAGUGAUUAGCUUCUCUGUGUUGUGCGAAAUGCAGGAUGGAGGAAUCCAAGUAUUAGUGGUAUAGGCUUUUUGACUUUGCAUCUAUUUUGGCUUCAAAUCUUGACUUAGAUACAGAGGAAUUAGAUUGUUACUGUGGAGUUGGGUGGAUUUGAGCAGCAUCAUCGGUUCUACUUGGUCGACUUGGGGAAGAAAGGACAAUCGAUAUCCUUCUCUAAAAGGGGAUAAGGAAUUUCCUUUCUGUGGCAUGUUAAUCCAGCAGGAUCUGCAACUGAAGUCUAUGGAGAAGAGGAGUGUGUGAGAUUUAUGAUUUCUUUCUCAAUGAUGGAGUGGAAUGCAAAAGCUCCCGUACAGUGGGACUGGGAGAACCUUGACAUUUUCAAUGCAAAAUCAACUGAAAUUCCAAAAAAGUUACAAUCAGACUGGGAAAUUGAAGGAGAAGGAGGAAUUGACACUGGUUCUUUCUAUUCAUCUGGAUGUGGUGCUGGUAGUGGUGGUUCUGGCUCUGAUUUGGGACAUGCAUAUUCAUCAAAGAGCUCAAAAUCAGCUUCAAUUGAUUCUUCAUCAAAGGUGGGAAUAAAGACAUCCAACUUCACUUUUGAGGCUUUCCAAGAUUUUUCUCAAGAUUUUAACAAGAAGAGAGAUUUGGAGAGGGCUGAGCCAACUGGAAGUUCUCCAAACCUUGAAGCCUCAAUUGGCUCUGGUGAACCUUUAAUUGGUCUAAAGCUUGGUAAAAGGACAUACUUCGAGGAUGUUUCUGCAGGGGGCAAUGCUAAGGGCUCAGUGUUUUCUGUGAUUCCCGUAUCAUCUGAUACCACAGCAAAGAGAUCCAGGUUAUCUUGUCAGAAUGCACAUGUCUCGCGCUGCCAAGUUGAAGGAUGCAACCUUGACCUUUCAACAGCCAAAGAUUACCAUCGCAAACAUAGAGUUUGUGAAAGUCAUACCAAAUGCCCAAAGGUCAUUGUAGGUGGUCUGGAGCGCCGUUUUUGCCAACAGUGUAGCAGGUUCCAUAGUUUGUCAGAGUUUGAUGAAAAGAAGAGAAGCUGUCGCAGGCGUCUUUCUGAUCACAAUGCACGCCGGCGCAAACCACAACCAGAAGGGAUCCAGUCAAAUUCGGCGAGGCUUUCAUCAUUCUAUGGUGGGAAGCAGCAAAUGAGUCUUGUGUUGAGCUCAGUCCCCAUUGUUCAUACAAGGCCUGCUGUAAAUCCUUCAUGGGAAGGCACAUGCAGCAAGUUCACACAAACAAAAGGGUUAGUAAGGCCUGGUAACACAGGAGGUAUCGACCGGCAGCUGCAUUUGCCUGGCAGUGAGCUGCAGAAUGGCAUUAGUACGCUUUGUCAUGAUUCCAGUAGGCUUUUGCACUCUAAGGGCGCAAUAGCUGAGGUUCUCAAUCAAGGUCUAGGGGAUUCUAUGAUCUCUUCCAACUUGGACACAUCACAGGAUCUUCGUCGUGCUCUCUCUCUUCUGUCAACGAAUUCUUGGGGCUCAUGUGAAACACAACCAAUUCCACCUGACCACCCUAUGCAUGUAAACCAAACCAGCAUGCCUCAAUCUAUUAUGCAUGCAGUGUCCCAAGGUAUGUUACAUUCAACCUCAGAACACUGGAGGACCGAGCUUCCCUCAACUGAUUCCCGGGUGCAUAUCUUGCCUUCACAAGGCGAUGGUAACACCCACUUUCAAGAGUUCAAGCUGUUCAAAGCGCCAUACGAGUCUGGCUUUUCUUCUGGUCAGUUGAACUGACUCCUUGAUUCCAAUCCCAGUGUAGGUCAUACGUUAUGAAAGGUCAGUAGGCUCUUGGAUUCACUUUCUAACAUCUUCAAAUAGUGGAGGGAACCAGGCAAUCCAAUGGUGAGAACCAUUAUGUGGUGGGAUCACCUGGUUCAAAUUGAUGCCAAAUUAAAUUGUCUCUAUUCUUUGCUUGUAGCCUCCUAAUUCAUCAUACUUUGCAAAAUGUUUGCCUGUCUCCACUUUAGUUUGAUAAAAAUGGUGUUUGAUGAGAAUGGACCAUCAUCUCCAGGAGCUAUCAACUUCCACUGCCACGGAUUCCAGGGACUGGCAUCUGGUCUCCUUGCAGUACUCAACAUGUGACAUGUAUUUUUGGUCCAUUGACAUGCAAAACACGAUCAUUUUGUAGUAUUGCGUUGAAACGUCUUGUAAUUUGGGUCAUUUUGUAACUGCGCUUUUGUUUCUAAGAAUUAGAAUUAUGAAUUAAUUAGUAACUCAA